AUGAUUUCAGCAAAAGCAUUCUAACUAUUACCAGUUGCUCUAAACAAAACAGAGGAAGCAUUCUCAGGGUUCCUUUAUACUUCAAAGAAUACAUUUACUUAAUUAAAACAAAAAUAUAAUGUUUAAGGAGAUUUAUUCAUACAGAUUAAUGGCUAUGUAUUUUAAUUGCAAGGAGAAAAUGGAUACAAAGAUGAUUCCAUAGCAGGAAGCAAAUAUGUAAGAUAAUUAUUGAGAAUGUCAUUCACAGACAAGAUUGAAGCAGCAGUGUUUGCACUUCCAAAGGAUAAGGAAUACAGAUUGGGAGUUCUUGAUAUUGAAUUAGACAUAGUCUAAUAAUAAGGAAGUCUCGAUAGAAUUGAAAUGAAUUCUGAAGACUUAGCCCCAUUCUUGAAAAGAGCAUAUAGUGGCUAAUUCUUCAGAGCAGGUUAAAUUCAGCUAUUUUUAUAUGAAGGAAACACUUACUUAUUUAAAGUUACUCGAACUGAUGUUUUGAGUGUAGGAGUAGAUUCAUAGCAAGUCAAAUUUAUGGGAGGAGGUAUGUUGGUUGAUGAAACUGAACUUGAAUUCAGUAUUAGGCAAGGAGUAAACCAACUAAAAAUGAAGAAUGCUUCAACACAUACAGCUAGUAUAUUUAGAGAGGACUUUUCUUUUGAUAAAUUGGGAGUUGGAGGUUUAGAUAAGGAAUUAGCAAAUAUCUUUAGAAGAGCAUUCUCAUCAAGAAGAUUCCCUUAAGCUUUCCUUGAAAAAUAUGGAAUCAAGCAUAUUAAAGGUCUCUUAUUGUAUGGUCCACCAGGAACUGGUAAGACUUUGAUUGCAAGAUAAUUGGCUAAAGUAUUGAAGGCCAAGCCACCCAAGAUUGUGAAUGGGCCAGAGAUUUUCAGUAAAUUUGUUGGAGAGGCUGAAGAAAAUGUCAGAAAACUAUUCGCAGAAGCCAUAGCAGAUUAAGAGACAAAGGGUGAUUAAAGUGAUUUGCAUAUCAUUGUAUUUGAUGAAAUGGAUGCAAUCUGCAAAUAAAGAGGGUCAAUUAACUCUGGAUCAGGGGCCUAUGAUAAUGUUGUCAAUCAAUUGCUCUCUAUGAUAGAUGGAGUUAACUCUCUCAAUAACAUAUUGGUCAUUGGUAUGACUAAUAGAAAAGACUUAAUUGAUGAGGCUGUUCUCAGACCAGGAAGAUUUGAAGUGCAUAUUGAAGUCGGAUUGCCAGAUGAAGGAGGAAGAUAAUAGAUUUUGAAUAUUCAUACUGAAAAUCUUAGAAAGAAUGAAGCUUUGGAUUAUGAUGUAAAUUUAGAAGAACUAGCAUAAAUCACCAAAAAUUAUACUGGUGCUGAAAUUGAGGCAGUAGUCAAAUCUGCAUCUUCAUUUGCUUUCCAAAGAAUGCAAAACAUAUUUGAUUUCCAAAAGAAGUUAAAUAAAUAAGAUGAACUCAAGGUGAAAAGAAGUGAUUUCAUGAAUGCAUUAGAUGAAGUUAAACCUUAAUUUGGUAUUGAUUCAAAUAAAUUUGAUUUAUUACUUAAAAGUAGAUUAAUUGAUUUUGGAGAUGAAUUCAAAAAACUACAGAAAAUCUUAAAGAAUACCAUUGAUUAAACUAGAUUUGGUAAAAACUCAUAGUUGAAUUCUGUAUUAUUGGAAGGAGAUUAAGGUUCAGGCAAAACCAGUGUUGCAGCUUGGCUUGCAGUGGAAUGUGGGUUCCCUUAUGUUAAAUUGAUAUCUCCUGAAACCUUCAUUGGAUUAACUGAAGGAGCCAUAAUCAAUCAAAUGGUUAGAAUAUUCAAUGAUGCUUACAAAUCAUCAUUAUCUUGCAUUCUGAUCGACAAUAUUGAAAGACUUAUAGAAUACGUAGACAUUGGUCCGAGAUUCUCAAAUGCUAUCUUAUAGGCCUUGCUAGUAUUAAUCAAGAGAUUACCAGAUAAAUCUUAAUGCAGACUUCUUAUUAUCGGUACAACAUCACAAUAUCAUAUAAUGAAAUAAUUAGAAGUGGUUUCAUGUUUCAACGUAUCAUUCAAAGUGCCAAAUCUUAUUAAGCCAGAUGAAAUUAAAUUAGUCAUUACUGAUUAUUUGACAACUUCACCUUAAUCUUAAAACAAACUUUAAUUAACCUAAUAGUAAGAACAGUAAGUCAACAUUAUUGCUUCGUAAAUCAAAAAUAUUCCAAUCAAGAGAUUAUUGACGUUGCUUGAUAUGGUUGGAGCCCAAGAAAAGGGUUUGAAUAUUGACGAAUUCAUGAUUUGUUAUACUACAGUGAUUAUGAAUCACCUUUGA